AGAAGAAGAAAAGAGGUAAAGGGGGAGGACAAAGUACACAGAGAGAAAACAAAAAAAGGGGAGAAAAAAAAAGAGGAAGAAACCCCCCACCCCAGAAGAGACUCUUUUUUGGGAAGAUGGAUUUACAAAAUGUGAAAUCAUUCAGUGAAGAGUGAGGAACUGGCAGUGAGGAGCUGAAGGACCUAAAGCUCGACUAGUGGAAACAAGGACCGGAGGAGACACAAUAACAAAAUGUACCUGUAAUACUACAACUUGCUUUGUGACUUUUUUUUGGAACCGGGGUUUACAAAAAGACAAGGAUUUUCCUUUACCCAAAAUCAUUUCAUUUUGUGACAGAGAGCUAUUUGAGUUUAUUUCUCCGGAGCGAGUCGCCUUUGGGCAGCAGCAUGUCUCAGCCUUAUGCAAGGUGCACUUCGGGAGUCUGACCCACCAUGUGCAAAUGGAUGCUACCCGCCGUCGCUCUCCGUCCUGAUCUGGAGGUUGGCACUGCCCACAGGAGGGAGCAUAGGUCUGGGCUGCUGCUGCUGCCGCCACGGCGGCCACGGGCAUCAGCACCAUCAUCGGCACCAUCAUCCCCCUGCCCGGCGUCCCUGUGCCUGGCAUGCAUCACCCUGUUCGCCCUGGUGGCUGGAGCAGCGGGUGGGUGCCCGUCCGGUGGUGGAGGUAGCACGGGCGCGGGACAGAACCCGCUGCAGGUGCUGGCAAAGGGCAGCAACUGCUCGUGGACUUUAGAGCGCCACACGCGCAGCUACAACCACCUGGAGGGCGACGUGCGUCUGCGCCGCCUCUACUCCGCCAACAAGUUCUUCCUCUGCAUCGACAAGUCGGGGAAGGUGGACGGCACCCGCCGCAAAAACUACGCCGACAGCCUGAUGGAAAUCCGAUCUGUCAGUGUGGGAGUCGUCGCCAUCAAAUCUGUCAGCACUGGGCUGUACUUAGCCAUGUCCAAAAAGGGCUCACUCUUUGGAUCGUCGCGGUACAACCCCAGCUGCAAGUUUAAGGAGCGAAUCGAGGAGAACGGCUACAACACGUACGCCUCCCUGCGCUGGCGGCACGGCGGCCGGCAGAUGUUCGUCUCGCUGAACGGCCGCGGCAAACCGCGCCGUGGGCACAAGGCGCGCCGGCGGCACCCCUCCACCCACUUCCUACCCAUGAUGCCCACGUAGCUGCCCGACGCCCACCCAACGUCUGCCCACCUGGAGUCCCUUCCUCUGCUCACCAGAGGUGGAAACAUUGGAUCGACAGAGUAAAAAGUCCUGCUUAGAUAGUCCUCCUGCCUGUGCUCUCAACACAGGUGUUAUCAAUAAUACAUGGGUUCUAAAUUUUUGUUUUCUCCUGGCUGCGCGACACUAGCUGCGCACAACUCAACCUCUGAUUGUUGGAAACCGCUGUCGGUCCAAAAAUUUGCUCACGUGGUUGGCUGCCAGUGUCUUGCCCCUCCUCACAACAUCGUGUUUAUAAACACGGUGAACCC